AUGGUCUUACUUCAACUUGCAGUUGUUUCGGCCUGGAUCGGCUGCGGUAGUGCCCAUACCAAUGUAGUGGACUUGGUUUCUGCUGCAGCUGCUGCCACUGCUGUCAAGUGUAUGAAGGAAACGACGCAGCGUGUGGACUGUUACCCACCAAGUCCUAACUUUCCAGGGCCAACGGAAGAGUUGUGUCUGGCUCAAGGCUGUUGCUGGAAGAGUCUCGAGAAUGAUGGUGUCCCAUGUGCUUUUGCAGAAGAAAAUUCGCCUAUCGAUGCAAAAUGUUCAAAUGUUGCUAAAGCAUCGCGUUUGGCAUGUCGAAACCCGAGAUUUGCAUCUUUGAAGGUACUGGAAGACGCCGACACUUGUCAAUUAGUCGGCUGCUGUUUUAGAGAUGGAGAGUGUUUUCAGCCGAUGACGGAUGGAUACGAAUUAUUAACAUUGGACAAGACAAGCAAUGGAUGGCGUGGAACACUUGUGUUGCGACAUGGGGACCGUGGACCUUUUGGGAACGAUGUGCCUUUGCUUGAGCUGAAUGUCAUUCGCGAGUCGGAAAGUCAAGUGCGCAUCCGUAUCACUGACCCCGCUUUUCCACGGUAUGAGGUACCAGACCUUCCUGUCCGACGUCAAAACGACAAAAGUGAUACGGAAGAGAGUAGUGACUUUGAUGUUCACUUUACACCAUGGCCGUUUGGAGUUGCGGUCACACGUCGACACUCUGGGGAGGUGCUAUUUAAUUCAACGCCUCCGGAAGACGAUGUUACUUUUAGUGGCUUAGUAUUUGAAAACCAGUUCCUCGAGAUAUCGACCCAGUUGACAGCUGACGAAGACGAUGAUGAGCCUGUUUUGUACGGCCUUGGUGAACGAUUGGGCAAUGCACGCCUUCAUGCAGAUGAUAAAGGAGACCUCUAUCCGAUGUUUGCACGGGCACCAAACGUGUCCGCUCCUGUGCAUACUCGCAGUGGUGGGGACAAUUUGUACGGCGUUCAUCCCUUCGUAAUGCAGCUGAAAGGAAGUAACUUAGGUAACGCCCACGGUAUAUUCGUUCUGUCCUCGAACGCGAUGGAGGUUGUGGCGCGUAGCGAUGCUCUAACGUAUCGACUUACGGGUGGCAUUUUCGAUGUUUUUGUCUUCUCUGGUCCGACCCCACAAAACGUGAUUGAGCAGUACACGGAUAUUGUCGGUCGUCCAGCUAUGCCUCCUUACUGGGCCUUGGGUUAUCAUGUGGGCCAGCACGGAGAAACAACGUCGAUUGACGAUGCGAUGAGGCUUGUCACGCAGCUCCGCAUAGCUGGUGUUCCCAUGGAUGCAUAUUGGCAAGAUUAUGAGUACAUGAUAGACGAUGAACGCGCGCUGUCUUUGAACGAAAAAAAGUUUCCACACCGAGAUAUGAAUGCGUUCAUUGACGACCUGCACUUUCACAGCCAGUAUUUUGUAUGUGUCCAAGUUCCGGCCAUUACGUUGACAAAUGCGUCCAUGACUGGGUAUGAUAAGGAUAUGGCGAAAUAUAGUGCUAGGACAAACCCAAGGCAAACAAUUCUUGCACUACAUACCCAUGACCAAAGGAACGACAGCGAUGAUGCCGGGUACGAAAAAAAUAGCGACAAGGACGAUUACAUCGAUGCUUUGGGAAGCGACACAACUGAUAGAAGCGGUAGCGACAAAGGUGAAAUAUACAACCAUGACAGCCACAGCGAUGAUGAUCGAGGUGACCGCAGUAGCAAUGAGAAGGAUAGAAAGGAAUGGGAUCCAAUUGUGCGGGGCGAAGAGCUGGAUGUGUUUAUAAAAGGAGUCAACGGCGAGCGCUAUGCGCAGAAAGCUUUGCGAUCUGGCUGGGCAGUCUUUAUCGAUUUUUUCCACCCAGAAGCCUCGCGCUAUUGGCAUGAGCAGUUGGCUAUGUUCCAUAAGUAUGUUGUGCCAUUUGACGGAUUGUGGCUUGACAGUAAUGAGCCCAGCAGCGCCUGUGACUGCACUCUGGCUGCGGAGGAUGACGUUUGCGUCCACGUUUGCAGUGGACGACAUUUACAGACCAGAGCAACGUCGCCUGGAGGCAUUCAAAUGGAAGAGUUUGCAACUGGAGCUGAUGGCGGGUUCAUUCGCACAAACGACGUGAACUUUCCAUUUGAUCCGUAUCGUCAACCAUUCGCACCAGGGCAGAACGAUCCCAGCAAGGGGGGACAUGGCAAUUUAAACUCGGGUACGCUUCCUAUGGCAGCACUUCACCAUUCAUCACUCCAUUACAAUCUCCAUUCUCUGUACGGCCAUGAACACGCUCGCGCUACGCGACACGCCCUCGACUCCAUUGUCAAAAAACGCAGUGUCCUGCUUUCUCGCUCAACUUUCUCUGGAAGUGGUCGGUAUACUGGCCACUGGCUGGGCGAUAAUGCGGAAGCUUCGUGGGAACAACUGCGCUUGUCAAUAUCUGGUACGCUACAGAUGAAUCUGUUGGGAAUCCCGCUGACAGGACCAAACGUGUGCGGCUCCAAAGGGCGAUCAUCGAGAGAGCUUUGCGUACGCUGGCAUCAAGCUGCUUCAUUCCUGCCACUGCUACGAAACCAUGCAGAGAAUGAUGGAGCAAAACAAACACCCAUUGACUACGACGCAGACGCCCUUAACAUUUUGCGGUCAACUCUGCUGAGGCGCUAUCGGUACCUGCCAUAUAUGUACACUCUUUUCUAUGAGGCACACCGUUCGGGCAAUCCCGUGGCUCGACUGCUCUCGUUUGAGUUUCCAGGUGACAAGAGCGCUCGAGAUAUCGAGCAUCAGUAUUUGCUUGGUCCGGCCCUGAUGAUAUCGCCCGUCGUACAUGAAGGCGCUAUUUCUACGGAGGUGUAUUUUCCUGCUGCUCACUGGUACGAUGCGCAUAGUGGUAAGCUGGCGUUGGAUCCCGCAGCUGGUGAUAACCGACGUGUUAGCUUGUUGACUCCGUUGCCCAAGCUACAGGUACACCUUCGCGGAGGUUACAUUGUCCCGACGCAACAAUCGCUUACUACAACAGCUCUUUCUCGACGUGGAGCUUUCACGCUUUUAGCAGCGCUGGAUAAAUCACAGGAACGCGCAUCGGCAGUUGGAGAGCUAUAUAUUGACGAUGGUGACUCGUUACUGGCAAUGGAAGAUCACCGGUACUCACUGGUGGGCUUUAAGGUGUAUCAAAAUUCAAGCGAUACAAUUGAGUUCUCGUGCUCCGUAAAGUUUCACGGAUACGCUGGACCAGAGAUGCAUGCAGACCUCGGAGAAGUUCGCGUGUAUGGUGUGCACGGGGAUGGCUUUGCAGCAAAUUCGACAAUGGAUGCAACACUUGUGUCACCUAGAGGAGGAUCUUCGCGUCAACACUCAAUUAAAGCUGACUACUUCGCGCAGUCAGACAUGCUGGUUCUCUCUCGUCUUAACAUGUUUAUUGGUCAAGAAUUUCAUGUGAAGGUGGUUGCCCAACCAGCCGCAGCACCUGAAGCAGGAAAGAAUGGAAAGCCGGUAGACGCUAACACUUCGGGAAAGUCUGGAAGCACAGACAAUGAGAAUGGCGGAACUGAAGAGGGCAAUGGCUCGACGUCUCGAAAGAAGAAGUCCAAAUUCUCUAUCACGGGUAUUGUGGGUAUCGUCGUGGGUGCCGCUUUUCUGGCUGCAAUUAUCUUGGUGUUCCUGUUGCGCCGUCGUCGCCAGGGAUAUGAAACUAUAUGA